CAGAGCUGUUAUGUGUGGACAGCACAGAAAACUUUUAAAAGAGUUGAUUUUCGUUGUGUUACGCCAUAUAUUGAGGAAGACUGUUCAUUCAGCUUAAAUGAGUGAGAAGGAUGUUAGUGCUAACCCACCACCAUCUCCUGAGACUCUCAAGGAGAAAAGUGCAGCCCACAAAAGUCUCAACCCUCCUUUUCCAUCAACUAAAUCCAUUCCAGGCACUGAGAUGGCGGGUCCCCCCCUCUCCAGUUCUGGCAGCCCAGACCAACCACCUAAAUCCACCCCUUCUUCAAGUCAAGAUACUAAAUUAAAACAAACUAAUGGUAAAACCGCAAACCUUCCAGCCAGAUCAACAGCUGAAAAACCAGCAACACCGAAACCUGCCCCUACAUCAUCACAUAUCUCUAAAACUACUCUAACUAUGCCAGCUACAACAUCAUCAUCAUUAUCAAAAUCAACAUUAUCUUCUCCCGAUGAUCCAUCCACACCCAGCAUCACCACUUCUGCUGAUCCUACACAAUCUACAUCUCCUCCUGAAGGUUCACUGUCCUCCACCAAAAUACCUGCAGUGGGUUCAUCAAUCCCACGUCAACGGAGCUUUUUGGCUGCAGCCCAAAAGGUGAUGAUGCAGGAGAAAAUAAGAAAGGCUGAGGAAGACGCCAAGGCUGAAGAAUGUGAUGAUAUGGAUGAAGAUCUGCCUUUUGAGGAGCUCCUGGAGAAAGCUGAGGCUGGAGACCCUAGAGCACAGAGUAGACUCGGUAAAUACUACCUUAAACUGGCAGAAGAAACAGACACAGAGACAAAUAACUGUUCAGCUGUUGAAUGGUUUGUGAAGGCAGCAAAACAAGGUCGGAGGGAUGCAGCCAAACUACUUCAGAAAUGCUGGAUCCAAAAGAAAGGCAUCACACCAGAGAAUGCACAGGAAGUGAGAAGGCUGUCCUCAGAGAGUAAGCUUGAACAGGCAGUGAGGAGAGCAGCCAUGUCGAUGUAUUGGAAACUCAAUCCUGACAGAAAGAAGAAAGUAGCCAUGUCUGAGAUGCUGGAGAAUGUCAGCCAGGUCAAUACUAUACCAGGUGAACCUGCUGUAUGUGGUGUAACACCCAGCAUUCAUACUCAGAGGAAAAUCCUGCAGACCAUGGUGUGUAAUGAAUCUAGCUCUAAGUAUGUGGAUGUGGAAGAUUUUGUGGAGAUGACGAAAAAGUUCACAGAAGGCAUAGCGUGCGCUCCCACACUGAGAACCUCAGGCGUAGAUGCAACGGGAGAGGAGAAGACGUUAAGUAAAAGUGAUGUAGCCACAUUUGAAAUGGAAAGAAAUGAAUUGGCCCCCGUCACUCAUAAGCGUCAUCGAAAGUCCAGUUGGGGAAUGUCGGGUAGUGGGAUGAUAUUGACUACCAGACGCAGUGGUGCGAUGAAGAGAGCCCUGGACAUAAAAUCCCACUUCUUGGGUCUGCAGUACCCUCUCCAUGUGAUUAUUGAGAUGAAGGAACUUUUAAUUGACUGGGCAUCUCGUGCUGGUGUCCAGUGGCUGAGCACCAUCAUCCCAACGCAACACGUCAAUGCCCUUAUCUUCUUCUUCAUCAUCUCCAAUCUCACCAUUGAUCUGUUUGCCUUCGUCAUCCCGCUCCUCAUCUUCUACCUCUCCUUUAUCUCCAUGGCCAUCUGCACACUGAGAGUCUUCAAGAGCAGCAAAGGAUGGGAAAACUUCAGUGCCUUAACCGCCCUCCUCACACGCUUCGAGCCCAGCCUGGACGUGGAGCAAGCGGAGUCCAACUUUGGCUGGAACAACAUGGAGCAGUACCUCUACUUCAUGAUAUCAGUGUUCUUUACGAUCUUCACCUUCCCAGUAGCAGAUAAAGGCUGGAUCCCAUGCUCGGAGCUUUCCACAGUGGCCAUCUUCUUCACGGCAAUGAGCUACAUGAGCUUGAGCCCAUCUGCGGCAGCUUACGCACGAAGGGCACUCAUCAUCGAGGUGGCUUCAUCUUUGUGUGCCUUGACCAGCAGGUUGCCGAAGGAAAUGGCGAUGGCCAGGAUGCUGGGACAUAUUUUCACAACCAUCCCUCUAGGAGAAUCACUGGUGCUGGAGCUCAGUGUACCCUGUGUGCUCUACAUCUACCUUUUCUACUUGUUCUUCAGUAUGGCACGUAUGAGGGGAUUCAGAGGGACGUACUGCUUCCUGGUGCCGUACCUGGUCUGCUUCGUGUGGUGCGAGUUCUCUGUGGUCCUGCUGUGGAACUCCACCACCAUUGGCCUUAUCCGCACUUGUGUGGCCUACUUCCUCUUCCUGUUUGCCUUACCCGUUUUGGCUUUGGGUCUGAUGGCGAUGCUCCUGAUUCAGAUGGUUAAGUGGUUCCUGGAGUUGGAGUUGACUAAAAUGCUGGUGACGCUGGCAGUGUGUGCCGUCCCUGUGAUCCUGCGGCUUUGGACUCGAUUCAGCCUGUCCAUCCUAAAUGUCUUCCAUUCCAUCACCCACAGAGGUCCGGUGAAACUGAUCCUCCUGUGCAUCACUACGGUGAUUUUACUCUGCGGCGUCUAUGUCUAUAAUGCUGAAGGUCUGAAGGUGUAUAACUCCACAAUCACCUGGCAGGAAUAUGGUACACUGUGCGGCCCACGUGCUUGGCAGGAUCGUGGGAUGGCUCAAACACAGCUCUUCUGCAGCCAUCUGGAGGGUCAUCGUGUCACCUGGACCGGAAUAUUCCGUCGUAUUCAUGUAGCUGAGAAGGAAAACGGAGCUCAGUCUGUUAUAAACUUGCUACCGGUGUUUAUGGGAGACUGGUUGCGGUGUCUCUAUGGUGAGGUUUAUCCCAAGUGUGAACCACAGAAUAAUAAGUCUCCAGUUGCGAAUGUCACGGGAGUCGAGCCUGUCAAUGCCACAAUGCUGUUCCUCCAGCAGGGAGAGGAGGAGCUCUGUCGGAUAAAGGCCUUUGCGAAACACCAAUGCCACGUUAAACGCUUUGACAGUUACCGCUUUGAGGUGACGGUCGGCAUGCCGGUGGAUGGAGUCACACAAGUUGACGAUCCGGCAGGUGACAUCCUCCUAAUGGCGAGUCACGAGUUUAAACAGGUGUUGCUGAACCUCGAUCCAGGCAGCAUGGUAGAGUUCAGUACAAAGCUGGAAGGGAAGUUGGGUACCAAACUACCUGCAUUUGAACUGAAAGCCAUACACUGUCUGGACUGCAGCUCGUCAUUGGUGCCUGAGGGACGACAGGUCAAGAUUGAACGGAACUGGAGGAAGACCAUGCUUAAAGCCAUUAAAUUUGCAUUUGACUUCUUCUUUGCUCCCUUUCUCUGUGCUAGGAUCAGUGUGUAAAGAAGAAGUAGAGGAAAAGAUGACAUACAGAAAUCUGAAUCACAGUCAAAAUGUUUGGAGUUUUUUCAAUGUCAGAAGAAUUUAAAAGAGCUGUCAAACUCCAAACACAUUUUUAUGGAAACAUUACAAAAAAAUUUUUUUUUAAUUAAUUUUUCUGUUAUGUUAGAGAUCAUGUGUUA